GGCUGACAGCUCUCACUUUCCGCCGCGUCUCUCCGUCUCUCUCACCUCGACCGACGCACGCACUCACCACGCACUCACCCACGAACUCACCACGAACUCACCCACGCGGUCUCCCACCACUGACCCGGACUCGAACUCGGACCUUGAUCUGCGGGAGCUCGGAACGACCGCGGGCCUCUGGUGCGAUCGCCAAGGUUCCAGCGUCACCGGCCGGCUGACAAUGGAGGUGCCGUCGGUGAUCCUCGUCGCCUUCCUGGUGCUCUUCUCCACGAUGAUCCCUGCGGAGUUCGUGCAGGGGGCACCACUGCCACGACGCCAGCACGGGGCGGCGCGCAAAGCAGCUGCACGUCCGAAGAACGCGCUCCGUCAACUGCUGACCCCGCAGGGAAAGGAGCUUGGCCUGCAGCGCAUGAAGAGGCAGCCGGCGGAGGAGGAGGCGGCCUCGGACACGGAGGGGGCCGGGGGAGAUCCCCCACAGGCCCCGCCAGAGAUGGACGGGGUCCUGGCGCCCGAGUUCUACCCCGUGGGUCAGGCCGAGCCGGUGGAGCCAGGCCUGCACAGCAGUGAGCCCGAGAGGCACGGGGGCAGGGAGGAGGAGGAAGAGGAGCAAGAGCGGGGCGGCGGUCAUCGUGAAGACGACGACGACGACGACGACGGCCAAGACAGGGGACAGCAGCGCUGGCAGGACUACAGCGAGCCCGACGAUGACGACGAGUCGCGCAGGGGCGGCGGCGGCGGCGGCCACUACGGCCACUACGAUCGCGCCCGCGCCGAGGAGGAGGAGCAGCAGCGACAGGAGGAGGAGGAGAGGCGCCGGCGGCAGCAGGAGUCCUACGAUCCCUACGGGGGUCACCGGGAAUCCCAUGAAGGUCACCAGGACGGCUAUGGCGGUCACCAGGACUCGUACGGAGACCACCGCGACCCGUACAGCAACGAGUACAACCCGUACUCCAGCUCGCGCAGCUACAACCCCUACCACGAGUACCAGCAGCAGCAGUACGAGCGCAUGCGCGAAUACCAGGACCGCUACAUGCGCAUGAUGGAGGAGCUGGGUGUGCCGGGCGUGUGGGUGGACGGGCGAUUCCGCCGGCAGGACAAUGCCGACCAAGAGGGCGUGCACGACGCCUACUAUGCCGCCCGGGGCCCCCACAGUCGCCACCCCUACGACUACUGAUGCCACCACCGCCACCACCACCAGCACCACCAGCACCGCUAACACGAUCGCUACCGACGCAUCACGAUGACCACUAUCGACACAUCACCACCAACUCCACCAUCACCGCUUUCAUUGCCCCUGCCGACACCACCACCAGCACCAUCGCCGCCGCCACCAGCACCACCAACACGACCACUGCCAACAACGCCGCCAACAACACCGCCACCCACCAGCAAAACCAACUCCACCAGCACCACCAACAAGACCACUGCCAACAACGCCGCCAACAACACCGCCACCCACCAGCAAAACCAACGCCACCAGCACCACCAACACGACCACUGCUGACGCAUCAUCACCACCACCAUCACCGCUCUCACUGCCAACACCAGCGCCACCGUUAUUAUAAUUGCUAUCGCUACCACCAGCACCGCCAACCUUACCAACACAUCAUCCACCACCACCGCUCUCACUGCCACUGACAACACGGCCAUCGUUAUCCCAAUUGCUAUCGCCACCACCACCAGUAUCACCAUCACAAUCACCACUGCCAUCAACAAUGCCACCGUCACCACCGCCAUCACCAUCACCGUCCUCACACCGUAACCCACACUCCACAUCCGCUGUAAUCGGAUUGCCAGCAGGCCGGCGCGUGCCGGCAACCCCUUACGAUGACUCCACUCUCACCGUGUCGUCGGAUUACUACCGGUAAGCUUGUCCCGGUUGAUUACUUGUGAUCGUUGUUCGUCGUUGAGAAUGUUUCUAAAAUGAGUCAAAAGAACAAUUGACGGGUGGUGGGGCGGGGGCGGCUAAUGGUGGAGUCUUAUCACGUGGGUUAAUGUGAGGACAACCAUGAGCUAUUGAUUACUUUUUAAAAGUAACCCUACCCAACGCUACUCACACAUUAACCACCUCUGCCUUCCCGGUAACGCUAAGCCGACAUUGGUGUGUGGUCGGAAUCGUUGGGCCAAAGCGGGGUCCAGAGACGUUGCUCUAACGUUUCCAUGUACUGUGCACUGCAGGGGUUGAUAUACAGGGAGUGCUUCAAAAAAAUGUGAACACUUCAGAGAAUUUGCAACAACACCACGUGAUAUGUGCUGCUGCCACCGGGCGCUGGGGACCACGUGGAGAAGAUUCCAGGCCACGUGUUGACAACGAUGACGAGCAAGUGGGAGACUCUUUGACUUGAAGCUAUUAACAUUACAUUUGUUAUCAUGUUACAGUGUCAUUAUCCGUUCGUCCAUUAAAAACGACAGUCCCAUGUAAGUGUUCACAUUUUUUUUAAGCACCCCUGUAUAUCACCCCGACAUUCACCGUCUCGCGGGCUCAUUAACGCCGCUCUCAUUCUCUCCUCCACCUCAUCACCCGUCAGCCUCCCCGUCUCAUAGCCACGGUGGCGAGAUGUUAACUACCUCGCCUGGUAUGCAGGAGGUCGCGGCGUUCGAUUCCGACCCUGACGCCUGCUGCUGUAUAUUUGGAGUUUGCAUGCUCUCCCCGUGGUUGCGUGGAUUUUUAUUUUUGGGUGCUAUACAUUUCCACGCGAUAAGCCACUUCGUUGAGCUAUCACGUGUGGCCAGGUCGCUUCUGAAAAAGGAGCUAUAUAGCUCAGUGGGCCUUACCGGGUAAAAUAAAAUAAAAAUUGUUUAUAACCAACAAUGUCGUCCAUAGCCGUCUGAACAACGUGCAAUCGUCGACCCGCACUGCGUGUGUACAAAAAGUUAUCGGGCCGUAAUCAUUCUGCGAAAAAAAACCCCACCAGUUCCUGAAGAGCUAGAUCGUAACGUUGUCUUACAUUACCAAUACAUCUAACAAAUGUGACUUGAGACAAUGUAUAACCUGCGUAAUGCAGAUCUUCAGGAGCUGGUGGGGGGCGGGGGACGCUUAAGGCCAAGAGCUUUGUUGUACCGCAACAAGGUGCAGCGUGCUUUGUGCGUUGCAUAAAAACGUCUGGGCUUGUUGAGCCUGCAACCGA